AUGUCCCUUGCUCAUAAACGUGGACUUUCCACUCUUCUGGAUUGCCUCGGCGAUCUGAUAGAGGUCAUGCGCUGGAGCCCACUCGCCAAAUUCAUGAACGUUUCUGUCACAUUCUACGAGAUAAAGACUCUAUUGCAGAGUAAUCACUCCGUGGUAUUUGGAAAGGACAUGUGGGACAAGGCCACAGAAUUGGUGCAGAAAUGCCACCGAUCCUUCGUCUUCAUUACUACAUGGCACGAACCUAAUUGGACUGAGCGUCGUGGGUUCAGGUCCCUUGCCAAGCUCAUCCUAGAGGUCGAAGGGCAGCUCAACACAUGUAUUGAUGUUCUGAAAGUCAUCACAAUCGCGGCCGCAAAGGACUUCGGUGAAGCCGAGAAAAGGGCGGAUGGCUUGGAAAAUGAAUUGUCAAAUCAAGAAAACCCUCUCCCCAUCAACGUUGUAACAAAGCCCGAUGUCGCCAUCCAAUCUCAAGGCGCGGUACGGAAGAUCCGAAAGGAGGCGAGGCAGCUGUCGUUGCAAAUAUGCCGCUCUUUGUCAAACGUCCUGGAUGAAGCCGCUCGCCGUGACGAUCCCAUUGGCUGCCCUGGAGGAUUUGAGGAUUACAGGUCCAGGGAGGAAGACCGGGGUCAGCUGGCAAAACGCUGGUUUCCAAUCGAGUACGAGGAUGAAGAGCCGGUAUCUAAGCCAUUUGGAGCCUUGGAGAGCAGAAUUGUUGAGGUGACACAGGCGCUCGAAAGAACGGCUGGACACAAUAUCAAGCAGGUCGAACCUGUUCCUGCCGAGCGUUCCGAUCAUUCGGAGGAUGAAGACUGUGCGAUCUAA